AUGGCUGACGGUGUUUUUCCAGGUGCUAUCGGUAUCGAUUUAGGUACUACUUACUCUUGUGUCGCUACUUACGACUCUGCAGUUGAAAUUAUUGCCAAUGAACAAGGUAACCGUGUUACUCCAUCUUUCGUUGCUUUCACUAACGAAGAAAGAUUAAUUGGUGAUGCUGCUAAGAACCAAGCCGCUUUAAAUCCAAGAAACACUGUUUUCGAUGCUAAGCGUUUAAUCGGUCGUGCUUUCGAUGACGAAUCUGUCCAAAAGGAUCUUAAGACCUGGCCAUUCAAGGUUAUCGACAGUAACGGUAACCCACAAAUUGAAGUUGAAUACUUGGAAGAAACCAAGAGCUUCUCUCCCCAAGAAAUUUCCGCUAUGGUUUUAACCAAGAUGAAGGAAGUUGCUGAAGCUAAGAUCGGUAAGGCUGUCGAAAAGGCUGUUGUCACCGUCCCAGCUUAUUUCAACGACGCCCAACGUCAAGCUACCAAGGAUGCUGGUGCCAUCGCUGGUUUAAACGUUUUACGUAUCAUUAACGAACCAACUGCCGCCGCUAUUGCUUACGGUUUAGGUGCUGGUAAGUCCGAAAAGGAAAGACACGUCUUAAUUUUCGAUUUAGGUGGUGGUACUUUCGAUGUUUCCUUAUUAAACAUUACUGGUGGUGUUUUCACCGUUAAGGCUACUGCUGGUGACACUCACUUAGGUGGUCAAGAUUUCGAUACCAACUUGUUAGACUUCUUCAAGGCUGACUUCAAGAAGAAGACUGGUUUAGAUAUCUCCGGUGAUGCUAGAGCUUUAAGAAGAUUAAGAACUUCUUGUGAACGUGCUAAGAGAACUUUAUCUUCUGUCACUCAAACUACCGUUGAAGUCGACUCCUUGUUCGAAGGUGAAGAUUUCUCCGCUAACCUUACCAGAGCUAGAUUCGAAGACAUCAACUCUGCUUUAUUCAAGUCUACUUUAGACCCAGUUGAACAAGUCAUGAAGGAUGCCAAGAUCUCUAAGUCCAGUGUUGAUGAAGUUGUCUUAGUCGGUGGUUCUACCAGAAUUCCAAAGGUCCAAAAAUUAUUGUCUGACUUCUUUGAAGGUAAGCAAUUAGAAAAGUCUAUUAACCCAGAUGAAGCUGUUGCUUACGGUGCUGCCGUCCAAGGUGCUAUCUUAACUGGUCAAUCCACCUCUGAUGACACUAAAGAUUUAUUAUUAUUAGAUGUCAUUCCAUUAUCUUUAGGUGUCGCUAUGCAAGGUAACGUUUUCGCUCCAGUUGUCCCAAGAAACACUACUGUUCCAACCAUUAAGAGAAGAACUUUCACCACUGUUGCUGACCACCAAACCACUGUUCAAUUCCCAGUCUACCAAGGUGAACGUGUUAACUGUACCGAAAACACUUUAUUAGGUGAAUUCGACUUAAAGAACAUCCCACCAAUGCAAGCUGGUGAACCAGUCUUAGAAUCUAUCUUCGAAGUUGAUGCCAAUGGUAUCUUAAAGGUCACUGCUCUUGAAAAAUCUACUGGUCGUUCCGCUAACAUUACCAUUUCUAACUCUAUUGGUAGAUUAUCAUCUGAUGAAAUUGAAAAGAUGAUUGAAGACGCUGAAAAAUUCAAGUCCUCUGAUGACGCUUUCGCCAAGAGACACGAACAAAAGCAAAAAUUAGAAGCUUACGUUGCCUCUGUUGAAUCCACAGUCACUGACCCAGUCUUAUCUGCUAAAUUAAAGAAGUCUGCUAAGGACAAGAUCGAAGUUGCUUUAUCUGAUGCUUUAGCCGCUUUAGAAUUAGAAGAAUCAUCUGCUGAUGACUACAGAAAGGCUGAAUUAGCCUUAAAACGUGCCGUCACCAAAGGUAUGUCUACCCGUUAA